GUCUGUUUGUCUGUCUGCUGUACGUGCAGCGUGUCGGUGUAGUGGUGUAGCAUAGCGUGUGUGUUACAGACGAGCUUUCUCCACCUUUACAUGUUACUCGUGCAUUCUGCUUUUUAUAUUGGAAAUUACAGUGGUUAAUAAUAGUAAAACUGCAAGCCAUUUUUUAAAUAGUCAGCGGGUUAACGGUUGAUAUUUGUAUUUACCGGUACAGUACGUCAUUUCAUUUAUGUAUAUGUCCUGAAAUCUAGUUCUGCAUUUCAGUAUAAAAAGGGGGACGAUCACAGAAGAGUACUGCAUAAGAAGUAUUAUUAUUAUUAUUAUUAUUAUUAUUAACACAACAGCAUUAAAAACACUAUACCGCACAGAUACAGAAAUGAAUGCAAGCGAGCACCUUCCACCUUUACAGGAAUACGACUUUGAGCGGAGCUUUGAUGAGCGACCGGCGAUCGAAUGGAUGAAGGAAAACUGGAGCAAGUCCUUUGUGUUCUCAGCCCUCUACGCCGCUGUGAUUUUCGGGGGACAGCAGUUUAUGAAGCAGAGGCAAAAACUGGAGCUCCGCAAGCCCCUGGUCCUGUGGUCCCUCAGCCUGGCAGUCUUCAGUAUCAUCGGGGCUGUGCGGACCGGCUGGUACAUGCUGUACAUUCUGGACACCAGUGGCUUCAAGCAGUCCGUAUGUGACCAGAGCUUCUACAGCGGCCCUGUCAGCAAGUUCUGGGCGUACGCCUUUGUGCUGAGCAAGGCUCCCGAACUGGGGGACACGGUGUUCAUUGUACUCCGGAAGCAGCGGCUCAUCUUCCUGCACUGGUACCACCACAUCACGGUGCUGCUGUAUUCCUGGUACUCCUACAAGGACCGCGUGGCAGGAGGGGGCUGGUUCAUGACCAUGAACUACCUGGCCCACGCUCUCAUGUACAGCUACUAUGCGGCGCGGGCAGCGGGCGUGCGGGUGCCCCGCUCCCUCGCCAUGCUCAUCACCACCACGCAGAUCGCACAGAUGGUCAUGGGGCUGGUGGUCAGUGGCCUGGUCUUCUUCUGGAUGCAGGACGGACGCUGCUUCUCCUACCUAGAUAAUAUCCUGUGGGCCUCCCUCAUGUACCUCAGCUACCUGUUCCUCUUCCUCUCCUUCUUCUAUCAGACCUACAUCAAGGGCGGGAGCAGCAGCAGCAGCAGCAAGAAGACCAUCAAGGCAGACUAGAGGAGAUUAGGACCAGAGUCUUUGACGGCUUUUGUAUUGGACUGGUUGAUCUUAGACUUUCCUGUAUUGGACUAGGCUGUAUUAGACUGGUCUGUGCUGUGUUUGACUAAACUGUAAAAGACUGGACUGUAAUGAUGAAGAAAAUAUUCUUUGACAAACUUUAAAUCUUUCACAAUGUAUCAUCGUAUCGUACAGACUGGAACGGACUGUGCUGUAGGUGACUGGACAGUGUGCUGUAUUGUAUUGGAUCGGUCUGUACAGGUAUGUGUGUGUAUAUAUCUAUCUAUCUAUCUAUCAUUUCUGGAGAACCGCUUGUCUGAAUGUGAUGAGACUUGCUGAGGACCUUCUUUAGCUACACAUUACUGAGUGUAUCAUGAUCAGGGGGUGUACCGAGCUGUAUCUGUGCCAAACAUACUUAUUUCCAUGUGCUUACAGUGGCUGUAGGUCAUGGUGAUGAGGUGGGGGGGGGGUGUUGGUGUCACCGACAUGCUAAUUAGCAUCAUUGAACCUAAUUAUGGGACACUUCACUCUGUAUCUGCUACAUUGUCCUGAACUUACCCAUCUAAUGUCCUGUGUUGUGUAUGUUCUCCGUCUCUCUCGAUGCCAUUCUCUGUUGCUGCUUUGCUCACAGUAGAUCACGGUUUGCAUGGAAGACUCAAGUUAUCUCCUGAAGCGUCCCUGAGCUUCACUGCGAGGGAGAUGCAUUCCUGCCCUGUGAUUACACUGCCUGGUCACUUUAUUAGGACCUGGCUGUCUCCCCUAUUGGUCUUGGCUGUCUCCCCUGUUGGAUUUGGCUGUCUCCCCUGUUGGAUUUCUCCUGGCAUACCUUGGGUUCCUUGAUUACUCUGGAAUGCUGCACUUGUACCCUGGUGGCAGUGGCUACUUUCAAGAGGAUAACGUGCCCUCUACCAUGCUCGAAUUGUGAAUGACUGAGACUGCAGGCAUCUUCCAGGGCUACCCCAUUCCCUUAACGGAUCCCCUUGAGACACCUUCCAGCACCUUGUGGCAUCUAUGCCACAUUGUGAGCAGGGCACCCAGUGGUCCUAAUGAAGUGACCAGACAGUGUAGACACCCCUGUGGCAUUAGUUUGUGGUACAUUUCAAUUUCCCAAAUGUUCCUGUUCAUUUCUGCAGUGGUACGGCGCUCUGGUAUAUUUCCGCUGCUGAAGAAUGUGUAGCACGUCUCUCGGUCUCAACUGCCUCGCCUGGCCCAAGUGAAGAAAAAAAAAAAAGGCAGCGCCUUCCUUUUAACAAGCGGACAACGGUAUGCAGAACAACCUGAAAAGUAACCGAGCAAGCUCACUGUGGCCCUGGAGACACUCCUUUCAUUCUUUAGAUAGUUUGAACUUUCACACAGAAUAAGACUCGAGACAAGCUGGUUUUUACAGCUGUGCUUUUCCGCUUGCUUCAGACUGAUUUUUGUUGCUGUCAACAUCCAUUGUGACUCGCUUCAGCUUUCAUAGUUAAAGAAACAUUAAAACAGCAGUUUAUUUCAAACACUAAUCAUGAAUAGUGUGCAUUUUAUGUGAUUUAAAAAAAAAAAAAAAAAAAAAAAAAAAAAAUUCCCCAGAUCGGUGACCGUUGUGAUGUGGGUACGCGUGAACUUUGAGCUGCUUGUUCACGUGUUGUAUAAGAAUAAGACGAUUCAACGCAUGGUAACUCAAGUGACAUGGCUGAUAAAGGGGUGUAACGACUCUCCGCCUGUUGGUGAAUCACGAUACUUUCUUUGCAUGAUAUAUCGAAAGCUCAACAUGGUUCAUUGCAGUUCACCAAUUGUUUCUUGAAAUGAAGACCACGUGUGUUUUUAUAGUAUUGAAUAAUACAUCUUCUCCCUAACCUAUUACAUGGUCGUUUGAUCUUAUUGUGCAUCGUACAAGUAGCUCAUCAGGAUCAUCACAUGUAUAGUGAUACGCACUGUAUCAUGAUUGGUAUCGCACUGCAUAUUGUGAGGCGCAUCAUACUGUGAUAUGCACCGCAUUGUGACAGUAGUGUAUAGUUCCGCCCCUAGUGCUGCGUAUGUCCACAGAGUAUUCUGUUUAUAUAGCAAGCAGGCGGUGCCACGUAUAGAGAACGAAGUACAGCGCUCCCUUGGUUUUUCGUGGACAGUAAAGUCCUAUAUUGUACUCCUCCAAGUCGAAAUGAAGAGGACACGCUGUAUGUUUAACCCUAAAUAAGAUAAAAGAAACUGAAUUUGGGGAAUUACUUUAAUUAGAUCAAGCUCUUUACCUGCUCAGCAAUGGAAUUUGUAACGGUGCUGUUCUCCCGGUCGUUCUGUCAUCGGGAUUGAUUGAACUCAAGACGCCAAAAAUGAGAUCCAAAGGCUGAACCUUCAGCACUUGUUGUAUUAAAGUUUUGCUUACUGAACUGUACAGUAUUCAAUGUCAUGCAGUCUCUAUUAUAUAAUAUAUAAUUCUACUGUAUCCUACAAUAUUAUUAUAUACGAUAUUGAUAUAUGUAGUGCGUGUGUGUUAAGUAGUCUGUAUUUACUGUAUAUAUCUAUAUGAAUAUUUAUAUAUAGAAAAUAAGUGCAUUUAUACCUCGGAGCAUUCACACAAUUGUAUGGUUACAUAAAAUGAAAAUAAACAAUUUGGCUAUUCCACCUGGUUACAAGGGAGGUGCCCCAAUUCUGUUAACAAAAUACUGUAAAUAAUUCAUUAAUUUUUUGCACCAAAUAAUGCCCAGGUACACGUAUUAUUUUAAUAUUGCUCUUGUGAUUAGUUGUCAUUGAUUGAAGCUGAUAUUUCUAUCAGUUCUUUGAAGGUGCAGUGACUGUAGUACUCGGAAACAACACUCUCUCUCUCGUUGGUUUAACACAAUUCGCACACGUUCGUAUGGCGCUUGAUCUUUUUUUGGUGCCUAGACUUUUUACUGCUUUGAAUCGCCUGCAACUAAUUUGUUAUGCAUCCACAGAAUAAGUUUGAUAGGAGUACUGCACUAGGUGUGUUACAGGUCACAGGGCCUCCUGACCCCACUUCAGGGGAUAGGUAGAAUUUUACCAAAUUACAACCCAACACCUAAGUAACAGUGUAAUUCAAGGCCUCCUAAGAUAGUUCUUUGGAAGUUGGUACUUCAAAUUUCCUCCUUUUCAAAAAAACAAAUAAAGUAGGCGUUAAGUAACUCGUAGAGACUGAAUACAAGCUCAUGUGUGCAGGAUGGAACCCAAGUGUGAGGCUCAGGCCAUGGGAGGGGGAGGGUCCUAUUAGAUGUAACACAGGAAGGAGAGGGAACCCGGUUAGCACUGUGAAUCUCAAGACUACCUUGUCCUCGGUAACAUUAGUCCUGGACAAGAGUGGUUUGACAGGAACUAAAUCUGUGAAAGUGAAAAUUGUCUGGAAAAUAAAAACAACUAAAGCAAAACUAGAAGUGCCUCGGGCAAACAGAGCGAUUUUGUUAAGUUGUGGUUCGUGCAUAUAUAUAUAUAUAUAUAUAUAUAUAUAUAUAUAUAUAUAUAUGUGUAUAUAUAUAUAUAUAUAUAUAUAUAUAUAUAUAUAUAUAUAUAUAUAUAUAUAUGUAUGUAUAUAUAUGUGUGUGUUGCUAUUCCCUACAGGCCAUUGAAGAUACAGAUUUAUAACACACUAAUAAAACAGUAAAAAAACAAAACUCUAAUUAUGUUUGAGUGCUCAGAGAUAUGUAUAAAGAAGCCAUAUUGUUUUAAAGCCAUCAGGUGUGGGGGUGGUGGGGUGUUGAUCAACGUUUGACUGUGUUUGUGUCCUAGACUAGUAUGAUGAUGUUGAAUCGAAUAUUGCUGGUAGCGAAUGGGUGGAGGGUGCUGGGAGUGCUUGCUCCCAUUUGAAAAAAAUCAAAUUUCCAAAGCUCAGUGCAGAUCUGUGAUGGGGAUGCACUGUCCCAGCCCUAGAGACCCGGGUUCCAAUCAAUUAGAGGCGUGCUGAUACCCGUUCUCUUUAUAGAAGUAUUUAUCAGCAGCUAUUCAAUGCCAUUCAUUAACGUGUUGAUAAGUAAACUGUAAACAAUCUCAGCGCCCCUUAUGAGAGAGAAAUUCACUUCCAAUCGGCUUUUAAAACACUCGCUGCACAAGUUAACUGCCAUUGAUUGAGUGGUACUCGAUUGUGAAGGACCGCUUUUCUUGUUCUGAAAUCAACACGUUAAUGAAUACCUGUAGAUAAAUACUUCUUAAAAGCAAUUCGAACAUGAGUAACAGCACACCCCUAGUUUUAAUUGUUUUACACUUUCUUUCUUAUGUUUAAGCAACUCACUGCUUACUUCAAAUUGUCAUUUGCUGAAAGUGAAAUACACACAUUACCAUUCUAAAAUGAAUAAUAAAUAAAAGUUUUAUUACAA